ACCAAAACACCAUCUCCUUCCUUUUAUCUAAUUAGGUCAUGGGGUUAUCCUUAAGUAUCUUCUCAUUUUUAUUGUUCCUGUUUCAUCUUAAUUCUCCUGUGCAGUCUCUUUGUCAUGACAAUGAGCUUUUUGCCUUGCUGCAAUUCAAGGAAAGCCUUGUUAUCAAUGAGCAUGCUUCUGUUAACCCUUCUGCUUAUCCCAAGGUUGCAUCGUGGAAGCUAGAAGAAGAAAAUGGUGACUGCUGCUCAUGGGAUGGGGUCAAGUGCCAUAAGGUUACUGGUGAUGUGAUUAGGCUAACCUUACUAGUAGUUGCCUAUACGGUUCUAUAGAUUCUAACAGCAGUCUCUUUCGCCUUGUCAAUCUUGAAUGGCUUAGUCUUGUCGAUAAUGACUUCAAUGGCUCAAAAAUUCCUUCUGGAAUCAUAAAUUUCUCUAAGCUAUCAUAUCUGGACCUCUUUGAUGCAAAUUUUUCCGGUCAAAUACCCUCAGAGAUUCUAGAGCUCUCCAAUUUGGAGAACCUUUUUCUUUCACAUAACAACCAUAUGGAACUCCAAAAGCCAGGUCUAGAAAGCCUAGUCGAGAAGUUAACCAACUUGAAGACAUUAUAUCUCAGUCAAGUCAACAUUUCUUCCUCGAUACCACAUAUCUUGGCGAAUCUAUCUUCGUUGAUUGAAUUAUCCCUCCGAGAGUGUGAAUUGCAAGGUGAAUUUCCCGCAAAGAUAUUUCAAUUACCCAAUCUUCAAAUGCUCAGUGUGCGGUACAAUCCAAGUCUAAUUGGAUAUUUACCCAAAUUUGAUGCAAGCAGUCCAGUUCAAGAACUGAGGCUUGGGGGCACGAGUUUCACUGGUGAGAUUCCAAAUUCAAUAGGGAAUCUUAAAUCUUUAUCUCACUUGGAUAUUCAUGAUUGCAAUUUUUUAGGGACAAUUCCAUCUUCACUUGGUAAUCUUGCCGAGAUCACUUCUCUUUACUUGUCUCAAAAUAUGUUUUCAGGCAAGUUGCCUCCUAUAGUGGGAAAUCUUACUUCUUUAGAAGAACUCGAUGUAUCCAAUAACAAUUUCUCAGUGCAAAAUUCUAUUGCAUUAUCUUGGAUCAGUAAGCAUAGCAAAUUGACAUAUUUAGGCAUUUCACAAAUCAAUCUAGUGGGGGAAAUUCCAUCUUGGCUCAUGAACUUAACCCAACUUAAUUUUUUAUGUAUAGGUAGCAACCAAUUAACUGGUCAGAUCCCAGAUUGGUUCAUGAACCACAACCAAUUAUCAGAGAUAUUUCUAGAGUCUAAUCAAUUAACUGGUCAUAUCUCUUCUCAUAUUAGAAACUUGACCAAAUUGAUAGAACUGGGACUAUCAUCGAAUCAAUUGGAAGGUCCGAUUCCAGCCUCCAUCACUGAACUUGAGAAUCUUGAAUUCCUUGACCUUCGGCAAAAUAAUCUGAAUGGCACUAUAGAUUUAAACAUGUUUCUCUAUAAACUCAAAUCUUUAAAAGCAUUAGCUCUCUCGUCAAAUUCUUUGUCCUUGAUUACCAAAACCAACAUCCGCCUUGAAGUUCAACAACUGUGGCUUUUAGGAUUGGCUUCAUGCAACCUUUACGAGUUCCCGUAUUUCCUACACAACCAAGGUCAGUUGGAGAUUCUAGACCUUUCAUCUAAUAAGAUAGCUGGCCAAAUACCUAAAUGGUUCUUAAACCAAAGUGUAGAUAGUUUGCUCAUCUUGAACCUUUCUUACAAUCUUUUGACUGGCUUUCAGUAUCACCCCGAUUUUCUCCCAUGGACUCGACUAAGCAGGUUAGACCUUAGGAAUAAUAAAUUCCAAGGACCAUUGAAGGUUCCAUCCCUGUCCACCCGCUACUAUCUGGCUUCACACAGUAACUUGAUUGGUGAAAUUCCACCUCUCAUAUGCAAUUUGAGUAGGCUGCGAGUUCUUGAUCUGUCUUAUAACAACUUAAGUGGCAGGCUUCCACAAUGUUUGGGCAAUCUCAGCUAUCGCCUUUUAUUGUUGAAUUUGCGAAGUAACAAGUUUUGUGGAAGUAUUCCCUCAACAUUUGUGAGUGGCAUAAAUCUGAAGUGGAUUGAUUUAAGCCAUAAUGAACUGCAAGGGAGAAUUCCGAGAUCAUUAGCUAAUUGUACAGGGCUGGAAUUUCUUAAUCUUGGAAAUAACCAAAUUUGUGAUGUUUUCCCUUCUUGGUUAGGAACACUUCCAGAGUUAAAGGUUCUCAUUUUACAAGCCAACGGGUUUUCGGGUGUAAUAAGAGAUCCUGAAACAAGUUUUGCCUUUCCAAAGUUGCGCAUCAUCGAUCUCUCUAGUAAUAGAUUUACAGGAAGAGAUCGCCUUUGAAAUGCAGACGGGUGUUGAUGAGGAAUUCGAUCUGUUCUAUUCUUUGUAUGUUUACUCGGCAGAGAUAAAUACCAAAGGCAUUGAGUUGGCAUAUGGGAAGAUCUCAAAUAUGC